CAAAGAGUGCCCCCAAGCCGACGAUCAGUAUCCAGUGCAAGGUGGUGUGGGCAAAUACAUGUAUUGACGCAGGACUGUCCACAGGCAUUGCGAAACCACUUCACCAGCCAACCAGGAUUGCUGUAGCGUUUCAGCCGUUUAGCGCACCUUCCCCGAUUUUCCCAAGUGGCUUAGCGCCGCCGUCUCCUUCAGCUUUCAGCCCUGGACGACUUUCUCCCUCACCUUUAUCAAGCGGCCACCCCAGCUGUGCGCUUGUCCUCUGCAUUCCUCCACCCACCAUCGACCACGCCCUUAUUGAUCAUCGCCAUCUCUAGUGCCAGCUCGCCGACCGCUGCACGUCAUGGCGUACAACAACCAGAACUACGGAGACCCUCACACGGGCUAUGACCGCGAGCACGAAGAUGAGGUCGCCCGCUCGCUGCUCCACGAGAAUGCCGCAGGCACCGCCCAGGACCCCUUCUACGGCAACCCCGAUGCCGCCCGCCCCCACUCGACAUACAGUCUAACAGAGACAUACGCGAGCGACAGGCAGACCAACUACCCGCCACAGGGCCACGAUGGCUCGGAUGUCUACUCGGCCACGGGCGGCUACGACGCGGCGGCUGACUUUGGCGCACCACAACGGGCGCCAUCGCCAUACCAGCGCAGCGAGACCAGCUCGACAGAGGCCUGGCGCCAGCGACAGCAGCCCGGCGGCGGCGCUGCAGGCGGCCUGAAGCGUGGCCUGACGCGUAAGGUUAAGCUUGUGCAGGGCUCCGUCCUCAGUGCGGAUUACCCCGUGCCCAGCGCCAUCCAGAACGCCAUCCAGGCAAAGUACCGCAACGACCUCGAGAGCGGCAGUGAGGAGUUUACGCACAUGCGCUACACGGCCGCAACAUGCGACCCCAACGACUUCACACUCAAGAACGGCUACAAUCUGCGCCCAGCUAUGUACAACCGCCACACGGAGCUACUCAUUGCCGUCACAUACUACAACGAAGACAAGGUUCUCACGGCCCGCACACUGCACGGUGUCAUGCAGAACAUCCGCGACAUUGUCAACCUCAAGAAGUCCGAGUUCUGGAACAAGGGCGGUCCUGCCUGGCAGAAGAUUGUCGUCUGCUUGGUCUUCGAUGGUAUCGACCCCUGUGACAAGGGCACUCUCGACUUGCUUGCCACUAUCGGUAUCUACCAGGACGGUGUCAUGAAGAAGGACAUUGACGGCAAAGAGACGGUUGCCCACAUUUUCGAAUACACAACCCAACUUUCCGUUACCCCCAACCAGCAGCUGAUCCGCCCGCAUGACGACAGCGCCAGCACGCUUCCCCCCGUCCAGAUGAUGUUCUGCCUGAAGCAGAAGAACACCAAGAAGAUUAACUCACACAGAUGGCUCUUCACUGCCAUUGGCCGCAUCCUGAACCCUGAAGUUUGCAUUCUGCUCGAUGCCGGAACCAAGCCCGGCCCGAAAUCCCUUCUUGCGCUCUGGGAGGCUUUCUACAACGACAAGGAUUUGGGCGGUGCCUGCGGUGAGAUUCAUGCUAUGCUCGGUAAAGGUUGGAAAAAUCUGCUCAACCCGCUCAUUGCCGCACAAAAUUUCGAGUACAAAAUCAGUAACAUUCUCGACAAGCCUCUAGAGUCGUCGUUCGGAUACGUCUCUGUGUUGCCUGGUGCUUUCUCUGCCUAUCGUUACCGCGCUAUCAUGGGCAGGCCGCUUGAGCAGUACUUCCACGGUGACCACACGCUUGCCAAGAUCCUCGGAAAGAAGGGUAUUGAGGGUAUGAACAUUUUCAAGAAGAACAUGUUUUUGGCUGAAGAUCGUAUUCUCUGUUUCGAACUCGUCGCCAAAGCUGGCUCCAAAUGGCAUCUUACAUACGUGAAGGCCUCCAAGGGCGAGACUGAUGUACCCGAGGGUGUUGCUGAAUUCAUCGGUCAACGUCGUCGUUGGCUCAACGGUUCGUUCGCUGCCGGUAUCUACUCGCUCUUGCACUUCGGCCGCAUGUACAAGAGUGGUCACAAUAUCGUCCGCAUGUUCUUCCUCCACAUUCAGAUGCUUUACACUUGGUUCAACACGAUUCUCUCCUGGUUCUCUCUGGCUUCCUUUUGGCUUACCACUGCCGUCAUCAUGAAUCUCGUCGGUUCCGAAAAGCCCGAACAACCCGAUUACAGAGCCUGGCCUUUUGGAAACACCGUCACUCCCAUCUUCAACACCGUCCUUCAAUACAUCUAUCUGGCCACUCUGGUCCUGCAGUUCAUUCUCGCUUUCGGUAACAGGCCAAAGGGUUCGCAAUGGUCUUACUUGACCUCCUUCUUCGUCUUUGGCUUCAUCCAGUUUUACAUCGUUGUCCUAUCCAUUUAUUUGGUUAUUCAGGCCUUCGUUUCACCCACAUCACAGAAACUCGAUACCUCAUCCCCGUCUGCGUUUGCCAGUUCAUUCUUCGCUUCAGACGGUGUGGGUAUCAUCAUCAUCGCUCUCUCGGCUACGUAUGGUCUGUACUUUGUGGCUUCGUUCAUGUACCUCGACCCGUGGCACAUGUUUACUUCGUUCCCUCAGUACCUCCUGGUCAUGUCAUCCUAUGUCAACAUCCUCAACGUCUACGCCUUCUCCAACUGGCAUGAUGUGUCUUGGGGUACCAAGGGAUCUGACAAGGCUGAAGCGCUUCCAUCGGCUACUACGCAGAAGGAUGCGAACGGUAAACACACGGUCAUUGAAGAGCCAGAUCUGCCACAAGCCGAUAUCGACAGCCAAUUCGAGGCCACCGUCAAGCGUGCUUUGGCUCCUUACGUAGCUCCGGUUGAGAAGAACGAGAAGUCACUUGAGGAUUCCUACAAGUCCUUCCGUACUCAUCUUUGCACGUUGUGGAUUGGGUCGAACGCUCUUCUUUCGAUUGGUGUUACCACAAAAGAUCUGAACUCGUUCACCAUUUCGACUUCAGCCUCCGAGCGUACCACGCGUUUCUUCCAGGCUCUCCUAUGGUCUACGGCCCUUCUUGCCAUUAUCCGUUUCGCCGGUUGCUGUUGGUUCCUCGGUCGUACCGGUAUCUUCUUCUGCGUCAGGAAGAGGUAAACGCCAAAUCACAGAUACGGUUGCGAUACCUCGCACCGCCCUUGCGACGGCCAAUCUCAGAGCAUGUUUCUCGAUUUUCCCGAUGUUUUUUCAAUCUUGCAGGUGCUGGCGUUCUGGAUAUCCUCGACUCCAGCUGGCUGGUGCUGCGCAGUCUUUGUCACUUUUAUCCAUUGGCAAACCAAAAAUAUCGACUUAUACCAGAUGGAUAACGAAACUAGCCCCUUUUGUAUCAUUUCAUCGGCUAUGUGCACAUUUGAAGCACGUUGCUUGAUGUAGUAUUUUCAUAUCAAUCACUUGACGGCAAACCAUCUGAGCCUGGGAAAUCUCGAUUGCAGAUCAAGGACAUGUUGGUUGAGAGUCCUUUUAUGAAUGGGUACAUGGACGCAAAUCUUGCUUGUUUAUCUCGGACGCUGUCCACUUUAGAAUGAAUCUCAUUUUAGUUUUACAAUCAUGCUCUUUC